AUGUCAGGCAACAGUCUUCCGCCUGUGCGAAAUCUACCCCACUGGUCCCGCGUUGGAUGUCUUGACAAGCCUUGCUUUCCACAACCACGUCCUUUCCCGUUUAACCACCUUGAACCGCUGUCGGAAUCACCCCGUGGGGACAGUGGGGGAGAGGUCUCAUCUCACCGGGACACGGAUACUCGCGUUGCAUCGCUUCAGAGGAAUAUUCAGUUCCUGCAACUACAGCACCAGGACACUCUUCAGAAGCUACACGGUGAAAUAGAUGACCUCAGACGGGAAAAUAAAGAGCUGCAGUAUAAGCUGAUCAUGGAGCCUUCAAAGUCUUGCAGAAAAGGUAUUUCUUUAGAAUCAAGCCGCCGGAGCACAAGGCCACCGACACAGGGCAGUGAGGCCCAGACAGAGAGAGUGAUCUACCUGGAGCAACCUUUACAAGACACAUGCCCAUCUCAAGACCCAUGGCUCAGUAUAGCGGGGGACGGUUGUGUGGCUCACGCCGACACUGAGACCACUGGAGUGGCAAAGCAAGAACACGAGUCAGAGUUGAGGGGAGGCCUCAUCACCUCUCUACAGCCACUCCGGAUCCAGAGCAGCCCAUCCCAUCCCCCCCGACCCCCCACCCUGCAGGAAUGUGAGGUUAUCAUACGGCAGCUCUACAAAGCCAACAACCUGCAGUCUCAGGAGAUUAUACGUGUGAAGGCUGUCCUCCGAGACAUUGUGUUCAACAAGAAAAUCACUCCUGAGAACUACAUCAUGACAAAGGCCUACCUUGCUGACAGCACCAGGUCUGGGAACCAGGCAGGGGUGACAGAGAGGGUGAUCCUCCCAGCCCUCAAACAGCACCUGAGCUCCAGCAUCGCAGAGAGGCAGAAAAGGACCCAGGCUGUACAGAGGAGCAGGCUGAGGAGAACAGUGCAUUGAGAGGGACAAACAGUACAGCAGGCCAGCCAGCACCGCAGAACCAAAGCCUCUUCAAAAUAAGAUCAGGACCGGCUCCUAUUAUGGCCAUUGAA